AACAGGUAACCGUUGAUGGCGGAGUACAAAAUGAGCGCACUGUCUGUGAUUUUCAUCGUUGGGUCUGUCCUUGGCACAUCUGAUGUAGACACUGUCUGGAUGAAGACCACCAUUCAGGACUACUUCUCCCAGUCACGGAACCACGGCACAGGCUCGACCUACAAAGAGGCGGCAAAGAAUUUCAUCUUGAAGGAGUUCGGUGACUACGGCUUGGAGACCCACACACAUACUUUUGCCACAGAUGUCUCGACGGUGACAGGCAACAACGUAAUAGGCGUUUCAAAAGGAAAGUAUUUCAAAACAGCCAGUGACCGAGUAGUUGGAGUAACCGCACAUUACGACACUGCAGCAGGAACUCCAGGUGUGUUUGUGUUGCCGAACUGGGAUAUGUCAGCAAGCGUCAAUGCAAACGGAGCCGGGGUCGUGGCCAUGUUGCAGGCGGCCAAACAUCUCGCCAAGUUUACUCGAGACUACACCGUGGUGUUUGUUGCAUUCGACUUCUUGGAGCCUGGGGAAGAUAACGCCUGUACGAGUCUUGGCUGUGGAAGUAGGAGUUUUAUGAAUGAAUGGGUGUAUUCAUUCUGGUCAACACCACCAACGACCACCGGUGUCAUUGUCAUGGACAACAUAUUAAACUUCAACGACAUCCAGGAAUCACAGAGUCUACCUGCUGGAUAUGAUGUGCUGUUUCCCACCCUUGCGAGUAGUCUCACCUCAAACAACAACAAAGGAGACUUCCUGACAGUCAUCGGACGUCCUUUUGACUCGGGUGUUCUCAACUCUUUCAUUCAGUCCUACACAGCUCUGGGUCAGCCGGAGUUUGGCAUGGAGAACGUGUACAUCUCCAAUAUAACUGGAUCCUCUGUUACUCCCGACGACAUCACCACCUAUUGGGACCUUAUGAGAAGUGACCACCUUUCCUUCUGGAACCAUAGCGUCCCGGCCAUCUUCAUCACAGACACUGGUAAGUAA